AUGAACUGGCUACGUCGCUCUUCACACCCGCGCAAUUCCCCUGUACGCGGGCGCGCCCUGACUUAUCUGGUCCUUGCUGCAAUCUUCUGCAUACUCUCUUACCAGCUCGUCUUGAACCAUGAAUCCAUUUCCCGCUGGGCGGAAGAACAGGGGUUCGUGGGGAUGGAUAAUGUCGUGACGGAUGGUGAUCCGGAUCCGGAACCCAGUGAACCAAGUGACCACGCCCGCGAGAAAGAGCUGGUCCUCGCAGCCAUGAGCUACAGCGAUAUGACUUGGGUUGAGGAUCUUGCCUGGCCAGUGAAUAUUUAUCGAGCAGAUGUGCGGCCGGGCAAAGCCGAGUUGACGGUGCCGGUGAAUAAGGGCAAUGAGGCGAUGGUGUACCUGACGUAUCUGAUCGAUCGCUAUGACUCGCUGCCCGAUGUGACAGUCUUUUUACAUGGUGCUCGUUAUCAGUGGCAUAAUGACAAUCCGCUUUAUGAUAGCGUCGUUUCAAUCGAAAAUCUCAAUCUCGAUUACGUGCGUGAGGCGGGAUAUGUCAAUCUGCGUUGUACGUGGAUGAUCGGUUGUCCUGCUGAGCUCGAGCCUGCGAAGUAUUGGAGAGAGAGACCGGAUGAUCCGGCACAUCCCACGGCUGUCGAGUUCCCGGAUCAAUUCAAGAUACUAUUCCCAGAUACGCCGGUCCCGGAGUUGGUUGGUGGUGGCUGCUGUAGCCAAUUCGCCGUGUCCCGGGAGCAGGUACUCCAACGUCCGAAAAGCGAUUACGAACGAUUCCAACGAUGGCUGAUGGAUACUCAACUCGAUUCUGGCAUUAGUGGUCGGAUUCUGGAGUACUCUUGGCAUAUGAUCUUCGGGCAGCCACCACAGCAUUGCCCUGAUCCGCGCUCAAUGUACUGCAAUGUUUAUGGGCUUUGCAACAUGACUGAAUUCGAGCUGCAGAACCAGUGGAUCUGGCGUGGCUUGGUUCUCCCGGAUGGUUGGCCGGAGACCAGAGGUUGA